AGAAACCCUAGUUCUUGAGAGUCAUAGAAACUAUUGGCCCAGAUCCAUUCUUAAAUGUUUAGAACAUUAUCAAAGAUCAAAUCAUAAUAGGAUCUCAUGGCAAAUAAGUGACUAACAUCUCAGAGUAUAGAUUCAUUCAAGAGAUUAACUUCCCUCAACACACCUGAAAAAUUCACAUAUUUAAAGGUUCAGAUAAACGUUUCACAUGCCUGAGACUUCUUCAGCAAGAAUGCCAGAUGCUCCUGUUGCAGAUUCUGAAAAAGGCAAAGGUAUAGUAAAUCAUCAACAUGAUUGGGAGCAUUUAUCUGCAGAAGAGAAGCAUGCUGCAGAAGAGAGUUUUGCAGUUUAUUGCAAGCCUGUAGAGUUCUACAACUUUCUUCAGCAUCGUGCUAACCAAUACCCAUUAUUUCUUCAGAGAUGUUUAGACUACAUGAUAAAGGCUAAGCGCAAGAAGAGGAUACCAUUGACAGUUUCCUUGUCAUGGAAUGGUGAUGAAACUCAAUCUCUGUUUCCUUUAUGCAUCUGUCUGGCAAGGCUGGAUCGAAAUGAUGAAGCUAAAGAAGGGGCCAAAAAGUAUCAGGCUAUUCGGAUAUCCACAAUUCACAGUUCGUCUAAAACUGAUGGGAAUGGGAAUACUGAAGUCCAAGCUAACUUUGUGCUUCCUGAACUUGAGAAGUUACAUGAGGAAGCUAAAUCUAGCAAAUUUUAUGUCUUCAUUUUUGCCUCUGUGGAAAAUCCAAUUUCAUUAUCUGAAGUCAAUGCCAGCAUGAGGCCUUGGGACGUGGCUUCUAAUGAAUGUGGAGAGAUAUGCUUAUAUGGAAAAAUAUCUAUGAAAAACCUUCAUUGGAUUUGGGAUAUGUAUCCAAAGAUUCCUGUGGAUCAGCUAAUCCGGAUUCAAUGUCGAAUUAAUUUGCUUCCAUGUAUUGUAAUGUAUUGUUUUCAAAGAAAGAGCAAGAUUAUCUCAGUUCUGGAUUCCAGGGAUUCUCCAGAUGAGAGGGACUUAAAGCAACUUGAAGUCACACUUUCUGUCAGAAAAUUAGAAGAUACGGAAAAAUCUUCUUACGACACUCAAGCAAACAGAGAAGUUGGAUCAUCGUCAUCAUUAUCUAAUAUCCAUCGGUUGAAACAAGGAAAUGUGUCAUUUAAUUACAGGUAUUACAAUAAUACGUUGCAGAAAGUGGAAGUUACGGAAGAUUUCUCUUGUCCAUUUUGUUUGGUUAAAUGUGCAACAUUCAAGGGCUUACGAUGCCACCUAUCAAUGUCGCAUGACCAUUUUAAUUAUGAAUUUUUGGAAUUGGAGGAUAUUCCAUCUGUAAAUGUGUCCGUGAAAACCAAUAUUUGGAAACCUGAGAUUAUUGGAGAUGGAGUUGACCCGAGAAUUCAAACUUAUAUCUUUUGUGCCAAGCGACCUAAGCGCAGAGACCAAUCACUCUUAGAAUCUGAAAUUCUUGCCAGCGAUACUGAGCUUUUGGAGAAACAUGAUGGUUCAAAUGCAAUUGUGUUGCAUACUGGUCCGGAUUAUGUCCCACCAGUUUCUUAUCAAGAUCAUGGGACAGCUGCAGUGCUACAGGUUGACCAGGAAGGGGUUUCAAAUGCAAUUGUGUUGCAUCCUGGUCUGGAUUGUGUCCCACCAGUAUCUGAUCAUGAUCAUGGGAUGCCUGCAGUGCUACAGGUUGACCAGGAAGGGGUUUCAAAUGCAAUAAUUUUACAUCCUGGUCCAGAUUGUGUCCCACCAAUAUCUGAGCAUGAUAAUGGGACUCCUGCAGUGCCACAAGUUGACAAGAGAAGCAAGUUAAUAGUUGAGCGCCGUGACCCAAAAAUACGGGAGUACGGGACAGACGAUGGGAGCCGGAUCUGA